UUCUGUUGACUGAAGAAGUUACACAACAUCAUCAUGCAGGCUGCAGAUGAAAAAUCGGGUGCAAGGCCCGAAGGUGAGGAGGAUGAGAUGGAGCGCGAGCUGGCGGAAGACGCUGUAUGGAAACGUAUUCAACAGAAUACGUUCACCAGGUGGGCUAACGAGCACUUGAAAAGUGUAAGUAAAACUAUCAACAGCUUGGAGACGGACUUAUCCGACGGAUUGAAGCUGAUAGCUCUCAUUGAAGUCCUUUCCGGAAAGAAAUUACCUAGGCACAAUAAGAAACCUUCUUUCCGGUCCCAAAAAUUAGAAAACGUUUCCGUUGCCCUGAAGUUUUUGGAAGAAGACGAAGGAAUCAAAAUUGUAAACAUUGACAGUACUGACAUUGUGGACUGCAAACUGAAGCUAAUUCUUGGACUGAUAUGGACACUUAUCCUGCAUUAUUCCAUCUCAAUGCCAAUGUGGGAGGGCGAGGAUGCAGACCUGGUCCUUGGGUCCAAGGGAGGUCCGACUCCUAAACAAAGGUUACUUGGAUGGAUCAAGAAAAAAGUUCCAGAUCUUCCAAUCAACAACUUCACUUCUGAUUGGAAUGAUGGUCGAGCUAUGGGUGCUUUGGUUGAUGCUGUGGCACCAGGGCUGUGUCCUGAUUGGCCAGAGUGGAGUCCUAAUGAUGCCCUAAAAAAUGCAUCAGAGGCUAUGGGCCUGGCCAAUGAUUGGUUAAAUGUACCACAGUUGAUCAAUCCAGAACAUGUGGUCAAUCCAAAAGUUGACGAACUUUCUAUGAUGACCUACUUGUCUCAAUACCCUAAUGCCAAGCUAAAACCAGGUGCUCCUCUCCGUCCCCGUGUCAAUCCCAACAGAGUCCGUUGCUAUGGUCCAGGUAUUGAGCCCACAGGUGUCGUACUUGGUGCUCCCACUAACUUCACUGUUGAGACAUUCAGUGCAGGGAAGGGUGAUGUUCAAGUUUUUAUUGAGAACCCCAAAGGACAGAUGGAACCGGUGGAAAUCAAAUUUAACGAUGACCGAAGUAAAACCUACACAGUUACUUAUACUGCAAAGAUGGAAGGAAUGCACAAAGUCAAAGUACUAUUUGCAGGAAAAGAAGUACCAAAAAGUCCGUUUAAUGUGAAGGUGGAGGGAACUGUUGGUGACUUCAAAAAGGUGACAGCUAGUGGUCCUGGGUUGGAGCCCACUGGAGUAAUGGUUGGCCGCCCAACCUACUUUGACGUUUUUACCAAAGAUGCUGGAAAAGGUCAAGUGGAGGUAAUCAUUCUUGACCAACAGGGGAACCAAAAAACUACCCUCAACAGGCUAGUGAAGAUCUCUGAAGAUGUUUAUCGUUGUGAAUAUGUGGCUCAAACUGUUGGCGUUCAUUCGAUUAACGUCUUUUUCGCCGGACAGCAGAUACCAAAUAGUCCAUUUGGUGUGAGAGUUUCACCUGUUGCCGAUGCCAGAAAAGUUCGUGCCUAUGGGAGAGGUUUACAAGCCACUGGAGUUCGUGUUGGAGAUUUUGCAGAUUUCAAGGUGCUUACUUCAGGAACGGGAGAGGGAGAACUGGAUAUUAAGGUGAUAGGUCCUGGAGGUAUAAAAGAAAAAAUAGAUAUCAAGAAGGUUGAUGAAACUAGCUACGAAUGUGUGUACAAACCUGUGAAGGAAGGGCGAUACAUUGUCACCAUUUCUUAUGGAGGUCAAGAAAUCCCUCGUAGUCCUUUUCAAGUGAAUGUUGGUCCUCACAAGGUGUCCAAAAUUAGAGCCUUUGGACCAGGACUGAAGGGUGGUGUUGUUGGAUCACCAGCAAAUUUCACAGUGGAAACUAAUGGAGAAACUGGAUCUUUAGGUUUCUCUAUUGAGGGGCCUUCCCAGGCUAAGAUUGACUGUAAGGACAAUGGUGAUGGCUCAGCUGAUAUAUCUUAUCUUCCUACUGCUCCAGGACAGUAUGCUGUUCACAUUCUUUGUGAUAAUGAAGACAUCCCUAACUCGCCUUACAUGGCAGAGAUUGUACCAAGUUCUGAGACUUUUCCAGAAAAGGUUGAAGCACAUGGACCAGGUCUUCAACCGAAUGGUGUAGUUCAGGGACAGCCAACAGAGUUUACAAUUGAUACACGCAAAGCUGGAAAUCCUGCUCCUUUAGAUGUGUCUGUACUGGAUGAAAACCUGAAACCUGUAGAUGUAAAGGUACAAGACAAUAAAGAUGGAACUUACAAGUGCACUUAUCGCCCAACCAUGAAGAAUAAACACACAAUUCAGAUCAACUAUGGAGGAGUAGCUAUACCAAAUAGCCCCUUCAGGGUAUAUGUAUCAGAACCCACUGACUCUUCAAGAGUUAAAGUUUUUGGUCCUGGUGUUGAAAAGGGAGUGAAAGCACAGACACCAACCCACUUCAAUGUGGAUGCUCAAGGCUGUGGAAAAGGUGAUCUUCAGGUUUUGCUUACUGAUGAUAAAGGUAAACAAGUACCCGUACAGAUCCAGAAUAAUGAAGACGAGACAUACACCGUGGAUUAUGUAGCUCCAACUCCAGGAAACUAUAAGGUUACUGUCUUGUUUGCUGGUAAAGAAAUUCCAAACAGUCCCAUCAAAGUUGACGUCCAGCCCAAGCUAGAUGUCAGCAAAGUUAAGGUGGAUGGAUUAGAACCAAGUGUUUUCGUAAGCUCAGUGACAGACUUUACAGUGGAUGCACGAGCCAUCUCUAAGCGAAGUGAUGCUAAACUUGAUUGUGUAAUUACAAAUCCCUCUGGUGCCCGUACUGGUUCCGUGGUGAAGGGCAAUGAUGAUGGAACGUACAAAGUAUCAUAUACACCAGUUGAAGAAGGACCACAUAAAGUUGAUGUAAAAUAUGAUGGAGUUCCUAUUCCUAAUAGUCCUUUCAAGGUUACUGCUACCAAGGGUUGUGAUCCACGAAAGUGCCGUGCUUAUGGGCCCGGACUGGAGCAGGGAGUGGUUAAUCAGACCAACACUUUUACCAUCGAGACAAAGGGAGCUGGAGCCGGUAAUCUGGGACUUGCUGUGGAAGGUCCUUCUGAGGCCAAAAUGACGUGUAAAGACAACAGAGAUGGCACUUGCACUGUAGAAUACAUUCCCGAUGAACCUGGCAAUUAUGAUAUUGCUGUCAAAUUUGCCGACCAACAUAUUCCUGGAAGUCCUUUCAAGGUUCCGUCAUCUGUUGGGGUGGAUGCCUCCAAAGUUCAAGCUCAUGGUCCAGGUCUAGAACCAAAUAACUGUCGUGCUAAUGUUCCACUUAACUUUACCGUGGAUGCUAGAAAGUCAGGAAAAGCUCCAUUAAAUGUAGAUGUCAGCUCUGAGAAAGGACCAAUCCCCAAGAAGGCUCAAAUUAAAGACAUUGGUGAUGGAACCUAUGAUGUGACCUAUUUUGCUCCUCCUGAGAACAGCAAAUGUGAUGUGAAGGUGACAUAUGGUGGGAAAGAUAUACCUGGAAGCCCCUUCCAGAUGAAGGUGAAGCCUACCGUGGAGCCAAAGAAUGUGAAGGUCACAGGCCCAGGGGUGAGCAACAAGGGUGUGCCUGCUAGUAUUCCAGUCGAGUUUACCAUAGAUGCUAAAGAUGCAGGAGUUGCAGAACCAGAAGUUCUGGUCAAGGGUCCAGACAAUACUCCACGAAAAGCAACAGUCGUAGAUAACCAAGAUGGAACCUACAAAGUAAAAUACACUCCUGAUGAUGUCGGUACUUACAAAGUGAACGUAAAGUAUGGAGGACAUGAAGUGCCUAAUGCUCCUUUCACAGUUAACAGUUACGCUGUUGGACAUGCAGAAAAAUGCAAGAUCACAGAGGGUGUCCAGGAACGAUUAACUAUUGGGGAAGAAUACUGCAUUACGGUCAAUGCAGAGCAGGCUGGAACCGGUGCUGUUACCUGUAGAAUCACUAGUACCACAGGAGUCGACUCUGAUGUGGACAUACAGGUAGAGGACAACAGUGAUGGCACUUUCUCCAUCUAUUACAACCUGAAAGAUGCUGGGGAGUACAGCAUCAGUAUCAAGUUUGGUGGCCAGCCUGUGCCAGGUGGAAAAUAUACUGUCAAUGCUGUUGCUGAAGAGGUUCAUAAGAAAAAGAUUAUAGAGAAGGUCCAAACAACUAGGACGACCCAGUUUCGAACAGUACAUUUGAAUAAUAUCCCAGUACAGACUGUAGGAGGAAGAGUUGUUGCUGAAGUAAAGAUGCCAUCAGGAAAGGUGGAUAAACCAACAAUCAUCGACAACCAUGAUGGUACUGUCAGUGUGAAGUAUGAACCAAAAGAAGAAGGCUUGCACGAACUUCACAUUAAAUACAACAAUGAACACAUUCAAGGGAGUCCCUUCAAGUUCUUUGUAGACACUGUCAGUAGUGCAAAUGUAACCGCUUAUGGAACUGGUCUUACACAUGGAAUAGCAGGAGAACCAUGUAACUUUACAAUUCACACAAAAGGAGCAGGAGCAGGUGGCUUAUCCGUGUCUAUCGAGGGUCCCUCUAAGGCUGAGAUCAGUUGCCAUGACAACAAAGAUGGAACAGUUAGUGUUUCUUACAUCCCUACAGCUCCAGGAGAGUACAAAAUUAUGGUCAAGUUUGCAGAUAAACACAUUAUUGGAAGUCCGUUCACAGCCAAAAUUACUGGUGAAGGGAGAAAACGUAACCAGAUUUCUGUGGGCCACUCUAGUGAGGUGUCUCUCAAUGUUCAGGAGAAAGACAUCAAGAACCUGAGUGCCACUAUAAUAGCUCCCUCUGGCAUGGAGGAGCCCUGCUUCUUGAAAAAACUACCUAAUGGACAUCUUGGGAUUUCCUUCACCCCCAGAGAGGUUGGGCAGCAUGAAGUUCACGUGUUAAGGCUGAAUAAACCAAUACUUGGAAGUCCAUUUAAAAUUGAUGUCCUUGAGAGAGAGAUUGGUGAUGCAUCCAAAGUAAAAGUGACUGGUCCAGGAAUAAAAGAGGGCAAAACCCACCAAAAAAAUGAAUUCCUGAUUGACACCAGGCAUGCAGGUCAUGGUGGGUUGAGUCUGUCUGUUGAGGGUCCUAGCAAGGCAGAAAUUGACUGUAAGGAUAAUGAGGAUGGAACACUGAACGUCUCUUACAUGCCAACUGAACCUGGUUACUACAUUGUUAAUAUCAAGUUUGCUGAUCAUCACAUUCCAGGAAGCCCCUUCACUAUCAAGGUAGCUGGUCCAGGUUCCAACAUCCAACGAGAAAAUAUCAAGAAGCAGAGAGAUGCUGUUCCUGUUACUGAUGUUGGGUCAGAAUGUAAACUUACUGUCAAGAUGCCAGGUCAGAGUACAGCUGUCAGCAGUCUGAUUAUUUCAAUACUAGCUAGAUAUAGUGGAUAA